AUGGAAGAAGCGGGGAGAAAGGCCAUUGUCGCGUAUGAGCGAAGGAUCGCUGCUCCGGCUGAAGGAGAAGGGGUAAGGAGAAGGCUAUUUGGAGAAAAGGAACAAGAUAGAACGUCAGGUGCCCAUAGAAGGGACAGAAGCAAGCACCAGCCCUCGGAAGUUGGAUCUAGUAGCCGAGACAGGAGCCAUGCCCGGGGACCGGUAAUCUCGCGCGCGGAGGUUGACAACGUAUCGAAACAGAUAGAGAAAUUAGGAAAGCAGAUUGACGAACUGAAGAAGAGGGGGGAAAUAGUAUCCCAGCACCGAAAUUCGCCAUUCUGUAAUCACAUCUUGACAGAGACUGUAGCUCCGAACUUCAGAAUGCCGGACCUGUCGAGAUAUGAUGGAAUGAAAGACCCCACAGAGCACCUCGCAGCAUUCGAUAUGGUGAUGAACCUCUAUGGGCAGUCAGGUCCAAUAAACGCUAAAUUAUUUAUCACGACUCUGACAGGAAAAGCCCAGGAGUGGUUCACAAACUUGCCACCGGGAAGCGUGGAAUCCCUCGAGCAGCUCAUACAGAAAUUCUCUUUCCAUUUUGCCAGUAAAAGGAAGCAGAAACGAUCGGCGACACAUCUGUUCACCAUAAGACAGCGAAAUGACGAGCCUUUAAAGAACUUCAUGGGACGUUUCAAUAACGAAACGCUGGAGGUACCAGAUCUACGGAUAGAUAUGAUGAUCAGCAUACUGAUCCACGGGUUGAAGAAGGGAGCAUUUGCUUCUGCGUUAGCACGGGACCCCCCAUCUGAUGUGGAACAACUCAUGAAUCUGGCGCAGAAAUAUAUAGACGAGGAAGAAAUGAACGCCAUGAAGGAUGGCGAGUGGAGGGGCGAGUAUGGAAGAGAUCGGGGAUAUGACAUUAAGAAUGAUAAGCGAUCAAGGCAUGAUCGAAACAAAGAGCCCCACUACUCACAGAAGUAUAAUAAAUACACCCCACUCAACACAACUAGGGCUAAGGCGCUGCUCAUGGUAGAAAGGAAGGAUGUACUCAGAUGGCCGAAACCCACGAGAGCUACCCCGGCAAAGAAAAAUUCGAGCAAGUACUGUAGAUUCCACCGUGAAAGAGGGCAUGACACGGAGGAAUGUUACCAGCUUAAGGACGAGAUCGAGCGGCUAAUCCGCCAAGGAUAUUUCAAAGAUUUGAUAUCCAAAGACUAUCAAAGCAGAGGACGACACAGCAAAUCCCGAAGCCCAUUAAGACAUGAAGGAGGAGUCGUUGCAGGGCAAACUGCCCGGGAGAACGCGCCUGUGAAAGGCAUCAUACAUAUGAUAGCAGGAGGAUCUGAGAUGGGACACUCGAGCAGAGCAAAGAAGAAGGCAGAACGGAGAACGAGUACUCUGAUGAGCCGACAGGUAAUGAAUAUAUCCCCAGAAUUAGAAAUUAGCUUUGGCGCUCAGGAUAUAAAAGGAAAGACCGGUGACGGUAAUGACCCCAUGGUGAUUAAGAUGGACAUAGCCAACUUCACUGUCCAUAAAGUCUUGGUUGACAACGGAAGUUCUGCUGAUAUAAUUUUGAAGGAAGUCUUAAUCAAAAUGGGGUUGGCAGACGCCAGGUUGGAGGCUGUGAGCUCGCCAUUGGUAGGCUUCGGAGGCAGUGAAGUGGAUUCGUUGGGGACAAUUGAACUACCUGUUUCCCUUGGAGACGAACCCAGAAGAAGGACUCUCAAGGUAAAAUUUCUGGUGGUCAACACCCCCUUUGCUUAUAAUGUCAUUUUGGGAAGACCUGGCUUGAACAUUCCACUUACCACUUGA